UUAUUGACACACACAAUCAAAAUACAUCACGUAUCUUAAAAAAAUAUUGAUUUUACCAAACCUAUUUUAGAAAAAUAAUAUUUUAAACUCAACAUAAAAAAGUCACUUCCAGUACAAAAUUAUCGACAUCGGUCAGUAGUGGUUGGGCGGGCGGCACAGCGAGCGAGGGCGGCGCGCGCGCCCAGUCUGCUUCCGUAGCCGCCGCGGUAACUGCUCAACUAACCAGUGCCCACUAACUGAUAACUUUGCCGUUAACUGUGGCACGCUUGUUAUUUAUUUUGAACUCUUCAAACUGCUAAUUUGGGAAGUGAUUACAGUUUUAGUUCGGAGUUCAUUUUUUGCUGUUUUCGUUCGAACUAUUUUGGGAUUGAAAUGUGAAUUUUUGUGUUAGUUAUUUUUAGUGGUGACUUUGAAAAAUUGAAGUCCAUUUUCUUCCUCAUUUGGACAACACUUAAACGACCAAAAUUCCAAUGCUAUUGAAUAAAAACACCAACAAGAAAAUGUCACACAAGAUGUGAUAAGCCCUCCAGAAAUUGGAUAACCAUACACAUACAUACUCCUAUUAGGUCUGGUACCUAUUUAAAGUUCUUCAACCAUGGCAGACAAGCUCCACGAGUACCAAGGCGUAACAGGUCGCCUCCACGGAGCCAGAGACCGGUACAAGGAGCGCUGGUCCCGAUGGAAGGAGGAACACCCCAGAGGGGUGAGAGACGUGGUCGCAGAGACCCUUUUUGGGAUCCCUAACUCUGAUGAGCCCCCCGAAAGGGUCUGGCAGGAUAGUGCUUAUAGUGAUAUUUAUAGGAGGAAAAGUCGUAUCGAAUUAAUGCGCAUAUCAGCUGCUGUGAUGGGCAUCGAGUUCUCCUAUGCUGGAGAGACAGCCUUCGUGUCCCCAACCCUUCUGCAGAUCGGGGUGCCUCACCAACAAAUGACCCUCGUUUGGGCCCUGUCACCAUUGAUUGGGUUCUUCAUGACCCCGCUUCUGGGGUCCUUGAGUGAUCGCUGUCGAUCGAGGUUUGGAAGAAGAAGGCCGUUUAUUGUGCUUAUGUCAGUUGGUGUAUUGUUAGGUUUAAUUUUGGUACCCAACGGAGAAGACAUAGGUUACGCUCUCGGCGACGAACUUCCAAUGAACAGGACCGAAGCCCCCUCAGCUUUAGGUCCCCGGAGCUCAGCACUCGACACGGAACACAGUAACUACCAUCCCUGGGGAGUCCUGUUCACCGUCCUUGGCACAGUAUUUCUGGACUUCGACGCAGAUGCCUGUCAGAGCCCGGCCCGCGCUUAUCUUCUCGACGUGACAGUUCCAGAGGACCAUGCGAAAGGCCUGAGUACAUUCACAGUGAUGGCAGGAUUAGGCGGCUUCAUGGGGUACGCCCUCGGCGGCAUUAACUGGGACGACACCCGAUUAGGUGAAAUUUUUGGCGGACACGUACGCGCAGUGUUCUCUCUCAUCACGAUAAUCUUCAUAGUUUGCGUCUCCGCUACCAUCACCAGCUUCAAGGAGAUUCCUCUCACCGAGCUGACUGAACAGGAGGAGUUCAGGAGACAGGCGGAGAGUCAGAGGCUGCAGGAGAGCUUCGAUGAAGGCCCUGAAGGACCGGAGAAGAAUUUGAAGAAGGAAAAUGUUACGUAUGGGGCGUUGAAUCAGCCAGAGAGCGGAGUAUCUAUAAACGUGGUAGAAACCGGUCAUGGUGGUGGAAAUCUCUCUCUAUCCCACUAUUUGAAGUCCAUCGUGGUGAUGCCGAGCUCCCUUCGCGUGGUCUGCCUCACCAACCUGUUCUGCUGGAUGGCUCACGUCUGCUAUUCUCUCUACUUCACUGACUUCGUCGGCGAAGCAGUUUUUGGAGGAGAUCCAGCGGCGCCAGUGGGAAGUGUAAGCCGCACGGAGUACGAAGCCGGCGUGAGGUUCGGCUGCUGGGGCAUGGCGAUGUACUCCCUGUCUUGUGCUUGUUACUCCACUAUUAUUGAACGGCUUAUCAAGAGAUUAGGAGCAAAACGCGUGUACGUGGGGGGUCUGUGCACAUAUAGCUGUGGCAUGGUGGCGCUCUGUGCCAUACGGGCCAAAGCUGCCGUGUUGCUAUGCAGCUGGACGGCAGGAGUCAUGUACUCCACGCUCUUCACCAUGCCUUACCUGCUGGUGGCGCAUUAUCACGCUACGGGGAUGUGGGACAGCGGCGGCGGUGGCUGCGGCGAAGCCCGUGGCAUCGGCACCGACGUCGCGGUCGUCAGUAGCUGCGUCUUCGUGGCACAACUCCUCGUCUCCUUCAUCAUGGGGUUUGCAGUCAAAGCUAUGGGCUCUACGGCGGCGGUCGUUGCAGUUGCUGCAACUUUAGCCGCUGCCGCCGCGAUCACUGCUACUAAAAUUACGUAUCUCGAUUUGUAAAUGGAUCUAUGUAUUUUCAAUGCCAAGGUUUCCACAGUAAUAGAUGAAUGGUACUUAUAUACAGAUAUGAUUUUGGAGACGGUUAUGUGUACGCAUGUUUCUAGUAGCUGCGAGUUCGUGGCACAACUCCUCGUCUCCUUCAUCAUAGGGUUUGCAGUCAAAGCUAUGGGCUCUACGGCCGCGGUUGUUGCAGUUGCUGCAACGUUGGCCACUGCCGCCGCGAUCACUGCUACUAAGAUUACGUAACUCGAUCUGUAAAUGGAAUUUAUCGAUGUAUUUUAAAUGCCAAAAGUUUUAUUGUUAAGCUUUUAAAAUAACAGAGAAACAGUACUAUACAUAGAUAUGAUUAUAGUAAAUGAAUUUGUCGUCGUAAUGGAUUGCUGUGUUUUUGGCACAACUAGGAGGAUUUCUGUGUGUUUUUAGCAGUUAUUAUAGUAGUAAGCAUAAUAGUUUAAGCUUAAAGUGUCGAUUUUCUUCUACGCUCUUUUAAAAAACUGAAGCUUAUACAACAGCUUUUGCCAAAACCGGUAGAUCACUUUCUUUACCAACUGUACAGUACAAGUAGAUACUCAUACUGAAACAAAAAUGUCGUUUCAUGAACUUCUACUGUAUUCAUGUGAGCUUAUAAAAUCUUAAGUCUUGUUCAGGACUUUGCUACAAAUACAACUUACUACUACUUUACGAGUAUGUGGCCAGUAAAGUAUGUCUCUCCAAUAUGUAUCUCCGUAUCUCGUGAAAUGUUUAUAUUUUGAAGUAAACUACAAAUAAGAUGUCUGUAUUUAUUUUGCUUGCGGGCGACUACUGUGCUAUGUUUACUAAUACUUUUUGAUCUUACAACUAAAACUGUGCUUAGCAUAGAAUAUCUGAAUCUAAAUACACACGUAGAUUUAUGUACAUAUGUUGAACAUUUUAAACAGUGUUGCAAUGAAAGAUGACGAUGUAAAACAAAGCUGUUAAGAAAAAUUGUCUUAAUCUUAAAGUCUUAAUGUUCUUUAUGUUUUAGGUUAAUUGUUGAUGCUUUGAAAGUUACUAAAAUAUUUGAUUUAACUGCUCAUAAUCUAGUCAUUGUUGUUAAGCUAUUAAAAAAAACAUUACCUACAUUUCAUUGUGUAUAAUAAUCUAAGGUAAUUAGUAUUAAGCCUGUAACCACAGAUCUCGAUGUUUGUGAUAACUAUUGAGUAUUGUGUUGUAAAAUCAAAGUAUAUUGACUGUUACAAAUCAAAUAAAUUAUUCAACCAAU